GAGAAGAGAGUAACCCAUAAAAAAACAUGACUUUGGUCGCCAAUUUGCAACUCAUCCUCCCGCAACGGCCGAGAACCAGCUUCAGCACCAAGCUCUUGUGUUCACUGAAAACCCCAACAACAACAACAACAACACAACAAGUCUCUCCUUCUUCUUCUUCUUCUUCUCCAAGCUCUCUCUUACCAAAGCUAAUCUCUUUUGCGCUUGCUCUCUCUCUAAACUCCUCCUCUUCCCCUGCCUUAGCCAUCCCUUCUCUCUCCUCUUCUCAGCCUCUCACUACUCCUUUCACUCAAUCCAAGUUCGUGCAGACCGGUCUUCUCAAUGGCAAAAUCAGGCCUUGCCCUUCCACGAACCCAGGAUGCGUAUCGACGAAUCCCACCUCAUCUUCCUUCUCAUUCCCAUUGACGAUCCCAGAAACCGAUACACAGGAUCCAAUUCAGAAAUUGAAAGAAGCAAUAGGGAGGACCCAGAAGAAUCCCAAGUUUGUGGUUAUUGAAGAUACCCCUUACGGGAGAUAUUUGGAGGCAGAGAUAGAAGGAGGAGGAUUCAGCAGAGAUGUGAUGGAGUUUUUGGUGAAGCAAGAUGUGGUUGCUUACAGGUGUAUGGCCACUAAGGUCACCUUUGUGUAUCCCUUCACCACUGCUUUUGGUGACUCCAAGGGACAAGAAGAGAGGAUGAAGAAGCUCAUCGACGACCUCGGUUGGUAUGCUCCAACCUUUGAAUCCAUGGAUUAGUCUUCUCUCUUCUCUUCUCUUCUUUCUUCCCUUUGUAACAAUAUAUAGAUGUUUGCAGUACAAAGUCGCUACUCAGACAUUAUGAGUGUUUGUUUUGUCCUUCAUAUGAGCCUUUUCAAUUGAUGAGCUAUA